UGAAAGUUGAUUUAUUAACUUUUUACUAAAAGUAUAAAAGCAAAGUAUUGUUACCAGACUGAUUUUACUCAUUUUUCGCAAAUUGCUUUCUUCAUUUCCAUGUUCCACCAGACAGUAUGCGAACAGAAGUUCAACUUGAAUUCAGAGAAACACACACGUACUUCGAUUGAAAGGUACAUAAAACAUGCUUUCAAUACAGCGAAGUUCAUCUCCUGUAGAAAUCUUGAGACAUUAUGCAUACUGGAUAGGUCGAGACAGGAUCACUGAACUAGUGUAAGACCAAAUAGAUGUGAGGAAACUUCGCUUGACCACUUUAAAAACUACACGCUCGAGGAAAGAAGUGAGGUUUCGGUAGUACAAACUCAAACAUAUAGAGUUUCGCUACAUCAGAAGUAGUAAACACUAGUAAUAUUAGUAAGAUUGCAGUAGGAUCAAGUUCAGUUCAUGUUCAAAGCGAAAUCUUUUCAAUUAUGUGUUUUCAAUACUCGUAUCAAACGUUCUACUGAGGUUUUUCCAGUUUUAGCUGGUGAGAUCUUCCCAAAUUCAUUUAUACAACCCAAAACGGUAGUAUUCACAGAUCAAUAAAGACGAUGUUUUAUUUAUUUGUUCGUCUCAUUAACUAGCAAAUUCAUCAAUGAAUUGCUGAUAAGUUGCUGAUUUGCUUAUUUCCUUUUUUUAUUAUUUAGGGAUAAACAGGGAAACUAUUCUUAGACAAGAAAAGGGAGUCUAAAACAACUGCUUUUGCUUCACAUCACCCAGAUUGCAUUCCACAUAUCUCUAGAAUCUAGUUUCUUUUUGUUUGUUAGUUUGCUCUUCAAUAAGAACAUUGAAAUUUACUGUCCAACAUGUAGAGCGAUAUUGUGAAAUUGAUUUCGAUCGUUGAAGUAUUCCUUUUCUUCUAUAAUGCGCAUGCUUUAAAGGAUAAACAAAGUUCUCUAGGCCCCAUUGAAUAUGGAUACAAAGGAAAUGAUCAGCUUCUUCGUACACUGCUCCAAGAGCCUAUCUCUAUGUACUCCUUAGAUCACUAUUCCGAGCUUAUUAAUACAAUCGGAAAAUUAGAAAAACACGGCCAGUAUGGUAAUUGCUGGUUCUAUUAUCAAUACAUCAACUCGAACUCGUACUUGGACCCAUCCAACGUUGAAGAUUAUGAGUGGAUUUCUGAUUUGAAGCCAUCUGCGAGAGAAACGAGUAUGAAUUUUGUGAUGUUCUUGAGACUUUAGCUGAGAGUACCAACAGUUGUUCAUUAGCCGGAGUUUAUGCCUCUUAUCGACUCUUGUAUUGUCCAAACAAAGUAAGACUCCCCAAACGAGUUUGGAAUUGAAUUUGAAUAUUUUGGACACGACGGACUUUUCAAGACAAUUUUGAAAGAGCCCAUAUCUAUGGAAACACCUAGAUUGUUAUCCAAAAUUAAAGAAGGCAUUGAACGGGUUACAUCAUUCUAUUCUACACAAACAAUAUGGUGAAGCAUGAUGCUCUAUCAAUACAUUGCCAACAAUUCAAACGUUAAUCCGACUUUCAUCUCGAGCUACGAAUGGAUAACUAAUUUACUUUCUCUUCUAAAUCAAACUGGAUUUACGUUUAGCAAAAUUGGAAACCUUUGCCAAUACAACGGAUAAACAGGAGUUAGCUGAGAUCUACACUUCUUAUUAGGGCCUCGUUGAAGAUUUACAGAAUUUUCAGAUUAAACAGUAGGUUGUUCUCAUUGCUUUAUUUCGCUACUAAUUUUGGAAGCUAUUUUCCUUUCUGUGUGACUUUGAUUCCAAAUGCUUUUUCGCAUUUCGCACUACUAUUUAUAUAUCGAUGCAAUAUAAAUGCUCAUAUAAUGGAAUUAAAAAAAAAAUUAAAUAGUAAAUAAAUAUAUUCGUUUUUUUUAUCUCCAUAGUUUUAAC